GAUGUUGCUACCAAGGCGAUUCGCGUUCAAGACGCUACUGUUCGAACGUGCGGUCCAAAUACUGAUCCUUGCAGCCGCCAUCUUCAUCUGCAACAACGAGAGGGGCGAGAAUCAUUACUAUCUAAUGAGAGCAACGCAGGAUAUAAUAUCAGGAUUCAACAAGACGUCCACCCGAGAUGACUUCUGGAGGUGGUGUGACCACAGCCUGUUGUCUAGGCUCUUCUUCACGACUUGGUACAAUGGGAGAGCGAUAGAGCAGGAUGACGUCAUCAACAGGUGCACAACCAAUCCCGGUCUGUUCCGGAUAGGACCGGUCAGACUCAAGCAACUCAGGGUGGUGCCAGGGCAGUGCAGGACUCCUGACACCAUGGCAGCCAUUGUGGACGAAUGUAACGUGGAAUAUUCCACUUCAAACGAAGACCAAGGAAACUACGGCGAGAACUGGAGCAAUUAUACAUCAUCAAAUACCUCAACCAAGAGCACGUACUGGCGGUAUUCUACCCAAAACAAGUUCUUUGACCCACCGUUGUACGGCCAUUUGGCUGUAUACUGGGACGGAGGAUAUGUUGUGAACUUAGGGACAGCAAAAGAAGAGGGUGAACGAAUCGUGAGCUAUCUUCAGCGUCAUGACUGGUUGGACAGUUACACACGCGCAGUCAUGGUCGAGUUCACCGUCUACAACGCAAACGUCAAUCUCUUUCUCGCAGCAACCUUAUUGGUGGAAUACAGUCACGUGGGUUUGGCUAUUCACUGGAUUUCCCUUCAUCCUUUUCGCUUGCAUCACGCGCACGAACUUGAGGGGAUAUGGAGUUAUGUGACCUUGAGUGUGAAUUUGUUUUAUGCUUUCCUCCUAUUGGUGGAGAGCUUAACGAUAGCAGUUCGAAUUCAUCAGAUGGGUAAGAAGUGCUUUCGGGAUGUUUGGAACGCUUGGGAGGUUUUCGCUUGGAUGUGUUCAUCGGCGGCGGUUGGUGUGUUUUGUUGGCGGUACCACUUGGCUAGAGACGCGUUGACGGCGAUGCACGCAAACGUAACAGGGCAGUUCCUGAGCUUCCGCCAGGUGUCGCUGGUGGACGAGGUGUUGUGGUACUUGCUGGCGGGCUCGGUGUUCGCCAACACCGUCCGGCUGCUGCAGCUUCUGUCCUUCUCAGCAUCCGUCGCCAUGCUGACUGAUGUCAUACGGCGGUCCACACAGCACGUUGUGGUUUUCUCCGUGCUGGUAAUGCUGGUGUUCCUCGCCUUCAUGUUCUGUGGGUAUCUGUUGUUCGGCGCGACGCUGCAGCAGUUCCAAAGUCCGCUAGGUGCGCUGCUGACUGGGUUCGGCAUGCUGCUCGGCUCCAUCGCUUUCAAUGACAUCAUUCAGGCGGAUGAGACCCUGGGACGUCUGUACAUUUUCGGGUUUGUUGUCUGUCUGCUGUUCGUCCUCAUGAACCUGUUCGUGGGCAUUCUCAACGAUACAAUCUCACAGGUGAAGAAUGACAGACAAGAAAGGGCAGAUGGGCUAUCGGACCUUGUGCGCAUGAUCAGACAAGUGUUGACCAAUGGGGGCGAAGCUAUUUCUGAGAAAAGAAUAACAGUGGCACAAAACGACAUCAUGGCAGACCUGUACACCCCUCAGAUCGACCGUCUGCAGCACAGAGUGGAGCUCCUCCAGCGACACGUGCAGGAACUGCAGAAGACGUUCACGAUGUGGGAGUACUUUGUGUCCUACCUGCGGUCAAUGAACUGGCAGCAACCAUACAUUUACCAGUCUUCUUUAGACGGUUACGACAGCUGGGAUAGUCUGGAUUACGAUUUUGAGACAGUAUAUGCGUGAUAGUAUGUAUUCUCACUCGAGCUCAUUCUGUAUAAUCAUCAUCAUCAUCAUCAUCUUUCAUCCUGUAUAAUAGUAUAUAUAUAACGUUAUGUCCGUAUUUGUGUAAGGGUAACCGUAUUUACACUUAUUAACGUACGACUUAUUGUCGUCAACGAAUAUGUAACGAGUUAUUUGCACAGAAAACGUUGAACGUUUAAAGUUUUGCAUCUUUGUUGAAUAUAGUAUCAUACUGUACGUAGUUCUAAGGUCGAAUGGUUUAAUGUCCCGUUUUGCCCUUGCUAUGAAGAUUGUCAUAACUGGUAAAACUACGCGGUACAUAUAGUAAGAAGGGGACGAGUAGAGAAAUUCUAUUUACUUACUAUUAGACAAAGGUUAUACAAUGACACAAAAGUCAGUAUCAAGUUAUUUACUAACGUUAUUUUUUCAAUUUAUGGAAUCAUCACAGUUGCCACGAAAAUAUGAUCAAACAUUAAACACUACGUUUAUGGAUCAUCAUUAUAAUUUUUUUAUUGAAAUGAAAGAUCAACAUGGCAUUGCAUCUUAGAUGUUUAACUUGAAUAGGUAAUGAAAUGUAUCAUAAAUUACUGUCAUUAGAAUCAGGUCUGGUUAUGUUGAAAUUAUCAUCUGGAUACAUUAUCGUACGUCAGUAAAUUAUAGCAAGGCACAAUACACAAAUGUAUAACAUUUAUACGGAUAUGUACAUUACACAAAAAAAUAAUAUCAUAUUGUGUUAUACAUGAAUCUGCUUUAUAUAAUGUACAACUCGCCUCUUCUGGGAAAAUGAUCUUCUUUUGCAUCGGAUGUUCUUUAGUUGUAGAAACCUCGUUAUGAUACGGUCACAUUUCCAAACAGGCUUCCGGGCGGAAUACCAGUAUUUGCGGAAAAGGAAAAUAAAAGUG